GGCGUUGUUUUGGAGGAGGAAGUGAAAGGGGAACAGAGAAGCUGGGGGUAGCAGAUAGUUAGCUCGCUGGCAGGAUAGUGUUCAAGCAAAGUGCCAAAUUUACACACCAGUUGUUGAUAAUCCGCCUCGUCAAUUUACUACACAGUCUUUGUAAGUUUUCACGCAGAGGGCGAUACAUUUUUACAUACAUCUGAAUCGAGGUUCUGCUAAAUCAACGCAAGCUAACGAGUUCAGUGCCAGCGAGCUAGCUAGCUACCGUAACGCCUAGUUAGCCACUAACGGUAACUGUCCUGAACAAUAACAGCUAGUUAGCUUGCAGCCAGGUCGGUUCCCUUCAAGAAGUCGUCGCUUCGGUGUGUCACAGCUUGAAACCGGUGAAAAAUGACAUCCAGGAAGAAAGUGCUCUUGAAAGUCAUCAUCCUAGGAGAUUCUGGUGUUGGAAAGACCUCCCUAAUGAACCAGUAUGUCAACAAGAAGUUCAGCAACCAGUACAAAGCAACAAUAGGAGCAGACUUCCUGACCAAGGAGGUGAUGGUGGACGACCGGCUCGUUACAAUGCAGAUCUGGGACACAGCUGGCCAGGAGAGGUUCCAGUCUUUGGGCGUUGCCUUUUACCGUGGAGCAGACUGCUGUGUGCUGGUGUUUGACGUGACUGCACCCAACACCUUCAAGACUCUCGACAGCUGGAGGGAUGAGUUUCUGAUCCAGGCCAGCCCUCGAGAUCCUGAGAACUUUCCAUUUGUCGUGCUAGGCAACAAGAUCGACUUAGAGAAUAGACAGGUAACCACCAAAAGGGCUCAGGCUUGGUGUCAGAGUAAGAACAACAUCCCCUACUUUGAGACCAGCGCCAAAGAAGCCAUUAACGUAGAACAGGCAUUCCAGACAAUUGCACGCAACGCCCUCAAACAAGAGACAGAGGUGGAGCUGUAUAAUGAAUUCCCAGAGCCCAUAAAACUGGAUAGGAACGACAGAGCUAAACCAUCAGCAGAAAGCUGCAGCUGCUAAGGGACAACUUGGACCAUCUUCUCUCUUGGCUUUCUGAAAGAAACACCCCGACACCAAUUACAUCACCUGCACCUUGCUCCCAGGGAAAGGACUUCCCUACUGGUCUUCCUCCUUCACGCCACUGUUUAUUCCAUCGACACACCCCCAUCACGCAGUACGCUGCAUAUGGAUGUACCCCCUCCCACCCCAUCCCCACUUAGUACACACA